UUAGGGUUUUCCCCAUCUUCCUUCGCCCUUCUUCGCCUGGAUCGAUGCCUCUGUAUGAUGUGUUCGUGAUCUUCAAGCCGCUGGUGGAGAGGAAGGUGAUGACCGACAUUCUGGUGCGCAUUGGGCACAAGGUAUACCAGCAAAAGGGCGUCGUCACCAACGUCAAGUACUUCGGCCGCCAGUUCCUGGCAUACGACAUCAAGAAGCGCGAUGGGCGUCACUACGAGGGGCACCUCAUGCAAAUGACGGUCAUGGCAGCCACCGCCUUCAACGAGCAGCUCCAGUACUUGAACAACGACGAGCGGCUGCUGCGAUGGCUACUCAUCAAGAACAGGGGUACCAAAUGGAUGGAUGCGCUGCAGGGCAAGCUCCCCUCGGUGGACGUCCAAGACGAGGACCUCUUCCGGGCCCGGUGACAAGCCUUCUACUCUACUCCCGUACUACAUAAAAACAGAAAAUUUGUUUAUUUGGUUGAGAAACGAAGAUGGUUCAGCGGUUUGUUCA